AGCCUCAAGCUGUCUCCCUGGGUAGAGUGCCGUGACGACACAGCUCACAGCAACCUCCAACUCCUGGGCUUAAGCAAUUCUUUUGCCUCAGCCUCCCAAGUACCUGGGACUACAGGUGCCCACCACAACGCCCGGGAUAAAUAUGAUGGAUUUGUAGUGAUAGUUUUAAGCUUGAAGCCCUCCAGGAAGCACUUUAAAAUGUGUUGGGACAGCUUUCCUUUGAUGUUUUUCAAAAGAGUUGUGCCAUGAGGUGGCAAAAGCAUCCAGGAAGCAGGACGUCAAUGCCUCUGGGAAAGCUGAUCCUUUUCAGCAGCGUGUUGUUUAGCGGGGGCUUUGCCCUGGUGUAUUACCUUAUACAAAAAACUUUUUCCAGGGCUUCAUAUUACCAGCUGGCAUUGGAGCAACUGCAUAGCCACCCCGAAGCGCAAGAAGCUCUGGGGACUCCUCUCAGUGUUCACCAUCUCCAGCUCACGGACAAGUACAACUUCGUGGACAUUGCUGAUGCCCAGUUGAAGAUUCCUGUCUCUGGAUCUAAGUCAGAGGGCUAUCUGUACGUCAGUUCCUCCAGAGCUGCUCCCUUUCAAAGGUGGCACCUGAACGAGGUCUUCUUAGUUCUCAAGGAUGGUCAGAAGGUUCCUGUGUUCAAGCUCAGAGGGGAGAAUGGUAAUGAAGUAAAAAAGGAUUAGAGGUGAUCAGAAAGACCCAGCUUGCUUCCAGAGUGCCCUUCCCUUUUCUGCACUAUGUGCCCCUCCAGGGUGACAGCCCAUCUGAGUGACAGACACUUCUGCAGCCAGUUUUCCAGCCACCAGUGGGAUGCUUAUAUGUGCUGGCAUAUGGUUAAUUUUGGUAUAAUUCUAACUUGAACACAACAAACACUAUUGUGGUUUUUAAAUUGAAUCAGAAACUUUAAGCUUGUAAGAAUUUAUUUGAAAGUACUGUGUGUAAAAAAGCAAAGCACGGGAUAAAAGGAAUCAGAAUUAAUAAAAUGUUUGUUGAUUUUUGCUAGUUCUCUUUCUUUUCUUUUCCUCUUCCCUGUCCUUCCCCCCCUUAAUUUUCAGCUCCAUUAAUACAAAGACUAAGGAUGUUGAUAGCAGAGUGCUGAGGAAGACUGGGCACUGUUGUUUUGUCCACUUUGCUCUGAGUUAAUGUUGUUCAAGUAGCUUGUUGGGCAUCCUCGGUCACUUCGAAAUAUUUUGUUUGCUGUGUUGUUUUUGUUUUAUUUUCAUAUUUCUAUUUCAUUGCCCAAUUGAAGAUUUGCAAAAUACAAUAGAACCUCCUUAUCUUGACCAGCUUCUUACUGUCUCUUGGGCAGUCAAUUAAUGUAAUUGCUAACAUAAUUGCUUUUAUUCCAGUUUGAAAACUUAGAAAAUAUAUAUUUUUAUGUAUACACAUAUAAAACCAGGUACUAAUGUAAUUGCUUUGAUUGCAGUUUGAAAACUUAGGACUAACGUAAUUGCUUUGAUUCCAGUUUGAAAACUUAGAAAAUAUAUAUUUUUAUGUAUACACAUAUAAAACCAGGUACUAAUGUAAUUGCUUUGAUUCCAGUUUGAAAACUUAGGACUAACGUAAUUGCUUUGAUUCCAGUUUGAAAACUUAGAAAAUAUAUAUUUUUAUGUAUAUACAUAUAAAACCAAUGUAGGAAAGUUCAUUUAAAGCUAACAGGUACUUUUCCUUCUGCUUUCCAAACAGUUUAACCACAUGUUAGGGAAUCAUAUCCUUAAGUUUGAUUAGUUUUGUAAGGAAACAUUAUGAAGCAAAAGACGUUCCUUCUGAGCACCAGAGCCUACAAAAACAGAAAUUUGGUGUCUGUGCUUUGGAAAGGCCAUUUUAUGGCUGGGCAUGGUGGCUCAUUCCUGUAACCCUAGCACUUUGGGAGGAUCACUUCAGGUCAGGAGUUCGAGGCCAGCCUAAAUAACAUAGCAAGACUCCGUUUCUACAAAAAAUAGAAAAAUUAGGUGGGCAUGAUGGUGUGCUCUUGUAGUCCCAGGUAUUUGGGAGCCUCAGGCAAGAGGAUUGCUUGAGCCCAGGAGUUGUAGAUUGCAGUGAGCCAUGAUGACACCACUGCCCUCCAGCCUGGGCAACAGAGGAAGACUGUUUAAAAAAAAAAAAAAAAGAUGAAAAGACCAGUUUAACCUUCUUCAUAUUACUAAGCUUAAUGUAAUGGGACUUGUCCAAUGAAGGACAUUCAUGAGCUCUUUUCCUAUUUUUUUUUGCCAACCCAGGACUUGGGUACUGCUUCUCUGCAUUCCUGGUAUUCAUUGAAGAGAAGUCUCAGAGAGAAAAAAAAAAGCUUAAGUAUGUUGGCAGAGUAUGAGGCUUUAGUUAUUAGAUAUUAUUUUGUAGUUAUUUUCUUUUUUUUUUUUGUAGAGACAGAGUCUCACUUUAUGGCCCUCGGUAGAGUGCCGUGGCCUCACACAGCUCACAGCAACCUCCAACUCCUGGGCUUAAGCGAUUCUCUUGCCUCAGCCUCCCGAGUAGCUGGGACUACAGGCGCCCGCCACAACGCCCAGCUAUUUUUUGGUUGCAGUUUGGCCGGGGCCGGGUUUGAACCCGCCACCCUCGGUAUAUGGGGCCGGCGCCCUACCGACUGAGCCACAG